GCUCUAAUCUGUUUGCUCAGUUGUUGGGCAGAACAAGUUAAAAAGAAAAAGAGGUGGGCUUACCUCCCACUUACCUGAAAUACACACAAAAGCACCCCCACCAUUCAACCACCAUUUCUAACCACAAUCAUCGGUUCCUUUAACAUUUACAAUACAACACAAUGUGAGCACUUCAGGGUAAAAGAUUCUUCGUUAGACCAGAGUGGGUUUCAACAUGACAAGAACUUUAGAGACCAGAUCAAAUAAAACUUUGGUUUUGAGAAAAAAAGAAGUGAAAGGAAAGACUAAUUUUAAUUUUUCUCCCUAGCAACAGUCCAUUUAACAGAGCAUCAAACAUGUGAUAAUAACCAUAAACAACAAAAGUGUAAGGCUUGUUAAACUUGAGGCAUGAUCCAAUGAAAAAUGAUGACAGAUUAAAAAAUAUUUUGAAAAUGUGGCAGCUGGUCAGCAUUAUACUCCAGAAAAAGUUUACAUGUAGAAAAAUAAUGUAAACAAAGACGUUAACUCUGUAUCACCAUCACAAUGCUUAAGAAAAAUAAAGAAAUGUAAAUUAUAUUUUUUGAUUUAUGUAUUUAAAACAUUUUCAGCAAUAUAUUGCUGUUUAUUUGCAGGUUUAUUUGGCAGAAUAACAAUUUGGGCACACAUGGUUGUGUCCCUAUACAGUUGCCAGAGAGGAAUCAGCUUAAAAUGUGUUUACUUAUUUGAUAAAAGUACAGAUUUUAAUCUUUUAAAUAUUAAAGACAUCUAUGGAACAAAGGACUGAAGUUUUCUGAAACUGCGGACUGAAAGGGAUUCUGCUUGCAGAAGAAGAAAAACAACAGCAGAUUAAAGCAGCAAAGUAAUCUUCCCCUUUUUCGGGAUCGAGUGAAGGAAUUUUAAAAAGCAACCUUUUCUGUGGUUUUAAUUGGCUUUUAGAUCUCAGGGUUCCUGGCAAGAUUCUUGUGCUUGGAUGCCACUAGUUGCUGUAAAUUGGUGACACUUGGAGUUUAAGAAAAAUAGAUUUCAGUCACUGUCAAGAGAAAUCUGGCUUUAGACAGAAACAAGUUUUGCCAAUUUUAAUCGACCUAAAUUUUGGUUUCACCAAGCAUCCAUUUAAUCUUCUGGACUAUUCCCUGGCCCUUUACCAUUGAAUUGGAAUUGAUUUGGCUCUGAGGCAUACUUGAUCUCUCGUAUUUUAAUUAAGGGAUUCAAUUGGGAAUUUUUUUUCACUUGGUAUCUGUAUUAAUUUCACUUGUAUAAAAGACACCUGUCCACAGCCUUAAAGAGUCAGACUGCAACUUCUCCACCAUGACCAAAGAGCUAUCCCAGGACACCAGGGACAAUACUGUGGACCAGACUGGAACAGGACUGGAAUGAAUUAAUCAAAAAUAAGAAAAGAGUUUGGGAAGAAAAGUUAAACAAUUGGAGCAAUUAUUAGAAAAUGGAAGAAAUACAAGCUCAUUGAUCAUCACCCUACCAAUUUCAAAAAAACUGUUUGGUUAGAACCUUUUUUUAAAAAUGUCAUUGCCCUGGUAUAUUUUUAGAUACUAUUUGGUUUAUUUGAAUUAAUGUUUAGAGCAAGCAAGUCUCCAGGGUGUUACUUACAUUUAAAACUUUACUUCAGAAGUCUGACCACCCUCAAUGUGAUCUCACUUUCUCCCCAUCUCGCGCUUAUUGUGUUUUUGUUUGUCAAUAGCAGUAAAGCUGGUGAAUAUUGCUACUUUCGCAUUGAGGAAGAAACUCACAAAGGUUGUGUUUUAUGUAAGACGAGUAACAUGUGAUUCUGUUCGCAUCAACCCAGUAAGUAUCACAUGCAAGCUGCAAAGUAGUUUCAAUCUUAAAACAAAAAAUUUAUGUUGUGGAUGAAUGAAAAAGUGUUAGGGUCAUUUGAAUCAGGAUUUCUUUUUCUACUUUUAGCAGUAAAAAGAAAAAAGGCAUAAAUAAAAAGUAUUGUUUGUGUAAAAAUGGAAAAUUUCACACAAAUUAUAGCUGGUGGGUUUGUAUGGGCAUAACAUACUCAAGAACAGUGAAAAGUAAUUUAUGUUGUAGUAAAACAUGUUUUUAUUUCCAAACAGCUUCUAAAACCCAAUUAUCAUUUGACACUUAAAUUAAAAUAUUCAGUCAUAGUCCCAAAUCUAGUUAAACUGUUACUGGGUACAUUCAUCUAUAAUCACAGGCUAGAAAUUAUCUAAACUACAAGUACUUUUGCGUGCAGAUAAUUCUGGGAUUAAACUUUUUUAAAUUGAUCCCUGCUCUUUCUGUCAAGUUUGUUGCAAGUGCUCUCCAUUUCAGUCUCAGACCCGCAGAAUGGUUAUCGCCUUGUAGCACAGACGGCAGCAGCAGCAGCAGCUUUGCAUGUGUGCAUGUCAGCGUGUGUGUAUGUGAGGGUGCGUCAGAGGAAAAAGGAAGUUGCGGGAUGAAGUUAAAAGCUUUCAACACAGUGCAGCUCUGCAGAACACCCACCACGGAAGAAAGGCAGAACAAAAGUGCCGAAGCCUGAGAAUGAGAUAAUGUAAGUACGCCUGGGGUGGGUCAACAUCGAGAGAAAAAGAACUGCCUGGAGAAAGAUAUAAGAAAAUAAAAAUGGAGUUGUGGCGGCAGUGUGCGAUGUGGUUAAUUGAGUGCCGAGUUCUGCCUGAGAACCAUAGAGUCACAGUAGGGCAUGCACAGGUGUGUGACCUGGCUCAGGCUCUAAGAGACGGCGUGCUGCUGUGCCAGCUGCUCAACAACCUGCUGCCUCAGGCGGUCAACCUAAAGGAGAUCAACCUGAGGCCACAGAUGUCACAAUUCCUGUGCCUGAAGAAUAUCCGGACGUUUCUGGGAGUUUGCCAGGAGAAGUUUCAUCUUAAGAAGAACGAGUUGUUCGAAGCCUUCGAACUGUUUGAUGUCCGGGACUUUGGAAAGGUCAUCAACACUUUGUCCAUCCUGUCCCAUUCACCUAUUGCCUUAAAGAGAGGACUUCAGCCGUUUCCUUUUGAAGGAUGUGCCUCUGAUGAUGAAAUCUACAGUGGACUGUCUGACCAAAUAGAUGACACUGUAGAUGAAGAUGAUGACCUUUACGAUUUUGUGGAAGAUGAAGAUAACGAAGGGGAUGAUAUCUAUGAAGACUUGAUGAAAAGAGACGAACAGUCGGAGAAUCAACAAAACACGGGUGUGGACAAGCGGGCGUGCUGCCUGAACGAAAUCCUACAAACAGAGGAAAAGUACACAGAAACACUGGAGUCAAUACUACAGAACUUUAUGAAACCUCUCGAAAGGUUUCUCCAGGUUGAAGACAUUGAAAGUAUCUUCAUCAACAUUAAGGAGUUGGCAGUCACCCACCGCCGCCUUCUGGAAGAAGUCCGGGUCUCCAUCAAUGAUCGCGGAGCUAUAAAUCUGUACCAGGUGUUCGUGAAAUACAAAGAGAAGCUGCUACUGUAUGGUAACUACUGUAGUCAAGUGGAAGCGGCAACCAAAAACCUAGACAGGCUUUCCAAUACAAGGGAGGAAAUCAGGAUGAAACUGGAGGAGUGUUCAAACAGAGCAAACCGUGGCCGUUUUUCCCUGAGAGAUUUACUCAUGGUUCCUAUCCAGAGAGUCCUCAAAUAUCAUCUUCUGCUACAGGAGCUGAUCAAACACACCAAUGAACCAUCAGAGAAAGAGAACCUUCGAGAAGCCCUGGAUGCGAUGAAGGACCUGGCACAGUGUGUAAAUGAAGUCAAACGAGACAAUGAGAUCAUUAAGCAAAUAACCACCUUUCAGAUGUCCAUCGAAAACUUGACUCAGUCUCUGGCUCUUUAUGGUCGCCCCAAGAUCGACGGAGAGCUGAAGAUCUCCAGCUCAGAGAAAAAGUCCAAGCAGGACAGAUACGCCUUCCUUUUCGACAAGGCCGUGGUUAUUUGCAAGAAGAAAAGCGGCGAGACGUUUGAGCUAAAGGAAAUGCUUGAACUAAAUCACUACCAAAUACGAGAUGAAGUUGCGGGGGAAAAGGACAAUAAGAAGUGGUCCCAUGCCUUUCUGCUGCUGGACUGCUACGGCAAGUGUGGAUAUGACUUUUACUUCAAAACUAGAGAGCUGAAGAAGAAAUGGCUGGAGCAGUUUCAGAUGGCAAUAUCAAACAUGAUUCCUGAAAACUUCUCAGCAAAUAACCAUGAUUUUCAGAUGCACUGCUUUGAAGAUACAACCUCUUGCAAGGCCUGCUUGAUGCUGUUGAGAGGGACAUUUUUCCAGGGUUAUCAGUGCUCUCGCUGUAAAAUGCCUGCACAUAAAGAGUGUUUAGGCAGAGUUUCAGCCUGCGGACGAAAUUCUGGUACUUCUCGUAUAAUAAAGAAUAAGACACAAAAACCAUCAGGACAUUCUAACUUUGGCUUUCCGAAGAUGGAAGUGAGUCAGGAGUAUUACAGCUUGCCUCCGCCUCCUGUGGGUUUCGGCCAGCCGCUUCACCUUUCCAAAGGGGACCUGAUUGAGCUGACCCGUGCUGACGCUGACCAGUCGUGGUGGGAGGGAAAAAAUCUCACCACAGGCCAAAUGGGAUGGUUCCCCUGCCAAAAGGUUCACCCUUACAUCUCAAAGCCGCCCCCAAACCUUUCAACUUACAACUGGUUUGCCGGGAACAUGGACCGCACUGCCGCCAAAAACCUUUUAAUGUCUCGCUCCGAUGGAACCUUCCUGGUGCGGCAGAAAGAUGGUGGAGAAUUCGCAAUCAGCGUCAAGUUCAACAUGGACAUCAGACACAUUAAGAUCACCACCACUGAUGGCCUGUACCGCAUUAAUGAGAAAAAAGCCUUCAAGUGUUUAACUGAGAUGAUUCAGUUUUACCAGCAGAACUCCCUAAAGGAAUAUUUUCGGGAUGUGGACACCACGUUACGCACGCCUUACAAGCAACCAGAGCAAAGCAACUCGUCCAACAACAUACAAAAUCCCACACCAGCAGGGGGCAGCAUGAAGUACUUUGGUGUAGCAAGAGCCAGGUAUGACUUCUCAGCCAGGGACCGUUCAGAGCUGUCACUGAGGGAGGGCGACACCAUCAAAAUCCUCUCCAAGAAGGGUCACAGCGGCUGGUGGAAGGGAGAAGUUUACGGAAGAGUGGGCCUUUUUCCAUCCAACUACGUGGACGAAGAUUAUUCUGAUUACUGCUGACGUACCAACACAUUACCCGUGUUUGAAUGUGAAAGUAAUAUAUGUGAGGGUCUGCAUUUCUGUGCUUGAAUGUGGUUUGUUUUGAAUGAAUGAGUGACCGGUACCGAGGUGGUGCCCAGAUAAUAAAAAAAACAGUUGAACUAAA